AUUAUAUGUGGUGGGUGAGCGUCUACCCAAACAAAAGAGGCACAAAGCCCAUCUUCUUGUUUCUCCUUCUUCCCUUUCUCCAUUCGCCCAGAUUUCGCAAUAUCCCUUUCUAGCUUCUCGCUUCUAUCUCCCAUGGUGUUCAUCAAACCCUUAAUUUAGGGUUUGUUUUUUCUUCUAUUUCUUGUGCGUCUUCUUUAUCUCUGAAGAAGAAGAAGAAGUCGAACAAGAAUGGCUUCCGUUUCAAUCACUAAACUUGAUUUGGCCACCCCUUUCCUCGCUCAAAAUCUGCCUGGUCGCCUUAACAGGUUGAAUGGUAAACCAUUUCGCGCGUUGUUUAGAAGCCCCAAGUGUGUUUUGGAUACACCAUAUGAAGGUAAUGUCACAAAGUUCCCUCGAAUUCGUGUUUGGGAUCCAUAUAAACGCCUUGGUGUAAGUUCUGCUGCUUCAGAGGAAGAAAUUUGGAGUGCACGGAAUUUUCUUUUGCAGCAGUAUUCUGGUCAUGAAAGAAGUGAGGAAUCUAUAGAAGCUGCUUUUGAGAAAAUAUUGAUGGCAAGCUUCCAGCAUAGGAAAAAGACAAAGAUUAAUUUGAAAACCAGGUUGAAGAAGCAAGUAGAUGAGUCUCCACCUUGGAUUAAGAACUUACUGAAUUUUGUAGAACUUCCUCCAACUGAUGUUAUCUUCAGAAGAUUGUUUCUUUUCGCAUUUAUGGGUGGCUGGAGUAUUAUGAACUCGGCCGAAGGUGGACCUGCUUUUCAGGUUGCAGUGUCCUUGGCGGCUUGCAUAUAUUUCCUAAACGAGAAGACAAAAAGUUUGGCUCGAGCUUCCAUUAUAGGAUUUGGUUCUCUUGUGGUCGGUUGGGUAUGCGGUUCGUUGGUUGGUCCGAGUAUUCCUUCGUUUCUAUUGCAACCGACGUGGUCACUCGAACUUCUUACAUCUCUAGUAGUAUACUUCUUCUUGUUUCUUUCCUGUACUUUUCUCAAAUAGAUGUCCCUAUGUUGUUCUUAGCUUAUGAUCAAGUAGUGAUAAAUGGAUUUAAUGGGGAAAUUUACAAAUAUUAUUGAUCGGAGCCUAUCUGUGAGCCUCCAUUUUCUUCUUUGAUUUCAAUUAUCAUCUCUACUUUUGUUA